GCUUGCCGCUGUACCUUUCGCUCCUCCUUCUAUAGAGACCCUCCUUCACUGAGCGUUUCACAUUCUGCCAUACCCCCUUGUACCAAGCGCCCUAUCUCCAUCGACCCUAUCAGCGUGCUUGAUGUUUAUUCAAGGCCCGGGUGGAUUUGUGGACGCGAUGUCUUUUUUUGGUGGCUCCGAAAACCCUGAGAUGGACGAAUACCUUGAGAAUAUGCCAUCGGAGUGGCCACGGACUGGGGCGACGCCUUACAACUAUUCGUACUGUACUGCAGCGUUUUCAGCACCGGGCCUCUUAACACCCAUCAGUCUCCCUGGUAGCUCUUUUGGGGACACAAGACUAAGCCCUGUACUCAGUCACCAUUCGCAGGAGUAUCAGUAUGGAGUGGGUGAGGCGGCCCUCCCUCAAUCCGGGCUUGGUCUCUCGGGCCCGUUUCCAAGUAACUACCCGAUGGCAGCUACAGCUGGACUGGAACUGGCCCCAGCAAACGUAGUUUAUGACACGAGGGAAACCACUCAUUCACCUCAGCGGCAACCUGCAAGGAGGACACGCCGGAGCGCGAGAAGCACACCGCCGAUCCGAGAGACGCCAGUUCUGAUCCGCCCUCAUCCAGAGGGCCUUCAACGGUUGGAAGAGGAGCGUCGCCAGUAUGACCUGGAGCAGCAACGAGCACGUGCAUCCGGACGACGGCGAAGAGAUCCGCAGGCCGAGGAAGAGAAUGCGUUUGUGGAGUCUCUCCGAGAUCAAGGUAUGUCCUGGAAGACAAUCCGGGAAAGGUACCGCGAGAGGUUCAACAAGGAUGCCGCGGAAGCAAGUCUCCAGAUGCGGAUGACGCGGAGGCGAAAGGAACGCCAGGCCCGCUGGGAUGAGGAUGAUGUGAGUACGUGCCCAUUACUGCUGUCUACUUCUUCAGAUGUUGGAUCAUAGGCGACGCUGAACAUGCAAGGUGUCAAUUAGAUCCGGCUGCUUUUAAGAGCUCGUGAUGAUCUAGAGAGAGAGAAAUAUGAAAUCAUCGCUCAAAAGAUGCGAGACCUCGGCGCUAAACAAUCCUACACUGCAAGAGAAUGUGAAUCCCAGCUACAGCUCCUUGAAUCCUCCCAAAGCCAACGACAUAGCGGACCCGGUCGACGAAGAAAGACGGAUCCCCAACGUCGCCGUACAAGAGCUGCUUUGCGGUCUUCUCAACGAGCCACAGAGACACAGAGGAAUUUAUGAUUGGGUUGAAGCAUACGCAUAUGUUAUGAAGUUGGAUGAGAGGCAUUUUGUAUAGAUUUCCUGUUUGUUCCGAACUACGCACGCAUUCUGGGUCACUAAUAGUUAGGAAUUUUUGUCUGUUAUUUUGCAUUUAUUUAGAACUUCGUUAAUUUGCAGUGUUUCGUUCAUAUUGUC